AUGUCGUCCGCCGCCAGCAAUGCUCUUGUGGAAUCGGAAAAAACGCCAAGUGCCACGCAACAGGGUGAGGAUUUUGCCGACCUGGAGCAGCAGGCUCGAGUGGCACUGGAGGAUUUAGCUGCCAAUGGAAACCAGGAUGAGGCCAGCACCGCGGAGUACAUGCGCACACUGCGCGAGUACCGCCAGGCCUGCCAGAACCGUGCACAGUACGUGGAGGCGGACCUCGUGCAGCAGGUGCUGCGCCACCUGCGUCUCGACGAGGAGACGCGGCACGUGCGCGGUCUGACAGAGCAGCAGAUGCUCGAGCGCCAGGCUCUGGACGAGGCACACCGCGAGGAGUUCCGUGUCUUUCACCGUGCGUGGAACGCAAAGAUUGACGAGAUGGAAGAGCAGCAGCUCGACUUGGAGACGGCGCUACUAGAGAGACAGAACGCGGAGCUGCAGGCCUUCUACGAGGAGAUGAACGACCUGAACCCGCACGCGUCGAAGUGUAGCCGGGACCUGCUCGACGCACGGGCGGUGGAGCACGUCCUCGCUACACAACGGGAGUACGCACGGGCGCAGCGUACUAAACUUAAGGCGGACCGCAUCGAGGCGAAGGACGCAGAGCGCUUCAUGCAGACGAAGGUCGAACUGUUUGAGCGACGUGAGGCUGCACUGCGGCAGAAACAUCAACAGGAGCGCCACGUACUGAGCGUCAAGGUGGACCGGCGCAGACUAGAGCUAGAACGGGCGCGGAAGCGUGAGCUUGAUGUGUUACUGCAGAGGUAUGUCAAUGUGCGGCGGGAAUUGGAGCUCCAACAAAACAUCAUUCGGAGUAAAACGGGCACUAUUCUUCUUAAGCACGCCAGCAAUACAAAGAGCGACGCCAGUGGAAGUGCAGCACUGGUAGAAAGCGCGGGCUCCGGUGCGUUUGGCUUGACGGUGCAGCGCCGGCACUUUGAUGACACGACCCAGCGCGGCACUUCGCAGAAUGGCUCACAAAAAUGA